UUUUGAUUCACCCGCGAAGAGAGACUCUCUGAAACUUGAGUGAGUGAUUGUGUGUGUGAGAGAGUGAGACAGUGUGUGAGAGAGAAAGAUGUAUAAGCUAUGGAUCUUGGUGACAUUGAUUUCUUUGUCAACCUUUGAGCUCUGUUUACGUGCAGAUGCAUUGUAUGGACCAUCGUCUCCCGUAGUUCAGCUAACCUCCUCAAACUUUAAAUCCAAGGUUCUUAAUUCAAAUGGGGUUGUUUUGGUUGAGUUUUUUGCACCAUGGUGUGGUCACUGUCAAUCUUUGACACCUAUCUGGGAAAAGGCUGCUAAGGUCUUGAAAGGGGUUGUUACUGUUGCAGCACUUGAUGCAGAUGCUCAUAAAAGUCUUGCUCAGGAAUAUGGGAUUAAAGGAUUUCCAACAAUAAAGGUUUUUGUUCCUGGGAAACCUCCUAUUGAUUACCAAGGAGCCAGGGAAGCAAAACCCAUUGCAGAUUUUGCAUUUAAACAGGUAAAAGGACUUCUCAAGGACCGUUUGGAUGGAAAGACUUCAGGAACGUCAAAAGAGAAAUCAGAGCCUAGUGCAUCAGUGGAAUUAGAUUCAAGCAACUUUGAUGAAUUGGUGAUUAAAAGCAAAGAUAUCUGGAUUGUAGAGUUUUUCGCUCCCUGGUGUGGACACUGCAAGAAUCUUGCUCCUGAGUGGAAGAAGGCUGCUAAGAACUUGAAAGGAAAGGUCAAGCUGGGUCACGUGGACUGUGAUGCAGACAAGUCUCUGAUGAGCAGAUUCGAUGUGAAAGGAUUUCCCACCAUCUUAGUAUUCGGUGCCGACAAGGGAAGUCCGUCAACUUAUGAAGGUGCAAGAACUGCCUCAGCAAUUGAAUCAUUUGCUGAAGUGAUCCUGGAAACAAAUAGUUUGCCUGCUGAAGUCACAGAAUUGACUGGCCCUGAUGUGAUGGAUGAGAAGUGUGGUUCAGCAGCCAUUUGUUUUAUAUCUUUCCUUCCUGACAUUCUUGACUCUAAAGCUGAAGGAAGAAAUAAAUACCUAGAAAUGUUGCUUUUCACAGCCGAGAAGUAUAAGAGGAGUCCAUACAGUUUCGUGUGGGCGUCAGCAGGUAAGCAGGCGGAUCUGGAGAAGAAUGUAGGAGUUGGUGGAUAUGGUUAUCCGGCAAUGGUAGCUGUCAGUAUGAAGAAAGGAGUGUAUGUUCCUCUUCGGAGUGCAUUUGAACGUGAUCCCAUAGUAAAGUUUGUAAAGGAAGCUGGAGACGGAGGUAGAGGUAAUUUGCCACUUGGUAACUCCCCGGUUAUUUUGAAGACUGAAGCUUGGGAUGGUAAAGACGGAGAAAUUAUCGAAGAAGACGAAUUCUCCCUUGAAGAACUUAUGGGCGGGAGUGAGGAAACCGCGACCAAAGAUGAGUUGUAAGAUAGAUAUAGUUUAUGGAGAGGAUUUCUGGUAUUUACGGCAAACAAUUUUAUGUGGUAUUUGGUUAAGUGUAUGUUUAAAGAUUAUUAUGGAUAAAGUAAUUGUUUGAAUUUUUCCUUAUUAAACUUAUUUUCAGUGUACA